CACGCUAUUAUAUUUCUACUAUUUGACAAGCGUGGGCAGCGCAAUAUUGCUGCGUAACUCCCUCUCUCUCUCACCGUUAGGCAACAUGAAGGAAUUCCAGGCUGUGGCAGUGUUGUGUUUAUUGAUGUGUUUGCGAGUGUGUUGUCAUCCACAGUGCCUGGACUAUCGGCCACCAUUCAAAGCAAGAGAAGGACUUGCUUUUUGCUCUCAAUACAACGCGUUCGGAUGCUGCACGCGCGGCCAAGACAGCAAGAUCAGUCGUAGGUAUCAAAACCUAGUCACCAAGUUCAAGCUACACGCGCGGGUAAAAUGCGCAAAACUUCUGGCUCAAGUGUUGUGCCUUGAAUGCGAUCCCUACGCUGCGCAUAUAUUUGAAGCUGAAGGGAACAGUCGCUUCGACAUCAAAACAGCAACACCAGGGUUAUGUCAUGAGUUUUGUUUGGAUUUUCACAACUCGUGCGAGGACGUCGUUACUUUCAUGGAAAGAAGGGGGAAAUGGGUUCAUAGGGGAAGACCUUCGCCAGUUCCUCCACUACCUGUGAAUGAGACAGCACCAACACUGGUAACAACCACCUCACAGCCUCCCGCACAUCGCUUUUGCCAUAACAUCCGGUUACAAGACACUGACUAUUGCUAUCCCGCAGUCAAAACGGUAGAAGAGAGGGUGCUUGCGCGCAAAUUCAACAAGGAAAAGAAUGAAGGGUGUUUGUGCGCAGAGGAAGUCGCGAGGGGCUUGAGGAACCCUAUAGCUGCGGUCCACUCCAAGGACGGGACACAUCGACUUUUCAUCGCCGAACAACUUGGCGUGAUUCGUGUUCUUCUGCACACAGGGCAGCUACUUGCACGGCCUUUCCUCGAUAUCACAGACAAGGUCUUGACCUCAGAGAACUACGCAGAUGAGAGAGGACUUCUCAGCAUCGAGUUUCAUCCAAACUAUGUGCGGAAUGGGAAAUUCUACGUUUACUAUUCGACCUUCAAGGAUAAUAAGACGAGGCCAGAUAAUGACGAACCCUUCUGGGGGCACGGGCACAAGACAGUUCUUAGCGAAUUUCUUGUCUCAAAUUCAGACCCGAAUAGAGCGGACGGAGGAAGCGAGCGCGUUAUUCUGGAGAUCCCGCAGCCUGCGCUAAACCACAAUGGAGGCCAGAUCAUGUUUGACGACAAGGGAUAUUUGUAUCUGAGUCUAGGAGAUGGAGGGAUGUCUGGAGAUCCCUUUGGAACAAUUGGGAAUGGACAGAAUAUGAGCAACAUUCUUGGUACCAUCAUCCGCAUCGACAUCAACACACGUGACGGGUCUGCUUACGACAUACCACGUGACAAUCCAUUCCGUGAUAUGUUUGGCGUGCGACCAGAGAUAUGGGCCUAUGGGGUGCGCAAUAUGUGGCGGUGCUCCAUGGACAGGGGGGACAAGAUCACAGGGUAUGGGAGGGGUCGGAUGUUCUGUGGUGACGUCGGGCAGUUCAAGUUCGAAGAGAUUGAUAUUAUCGAGCGCGGAAGGAACUACGGCUGGAGAGGCUUUGAGGGAUUUGAUUGUUUUGACAGGGAUUUGUGCUAUACACCAAUGCUAAGUAAUGCAAUCUUCCCGAUCCACGCGUAUAACCACACCGUGGGCAAGUCUGUCCUCGGCGGUUACGUAUACCGCGGAUGUCAGAGCCCGAACCUGUACGGGCAGUACAUAUUCGCCGAUACUUGGAGCAGCCGAUUUUUCUCUUUGACGGAAAACAGGCGACGCAGGCGUUGGGAUCAUCGCGAGAUAUGUUUCGGAGACGAUAAGUACUGCACGGAUAGGAUGAGAGGCGAUUUUGAGCAAUUUGUAUUGUCUUUCGGCGAGGACGAGGCGGGCGAAUUGUACCUGCUGGCGGUCCCUACCCCUAAGGCAUAUGAACGUGAAGGCAAGAUCUACAGGCUGAUAGACCCAGAGAGGCGCGGGGACCCUGUGGAAUGCCAAAUAUACCCGCAGUAUCCCGUUGCACGCCGGGAAAAGAGACGUCCGACAUCCGGGCCUCGUGAUACAAAACCCAGCAUACCUUGCGAAGAUCGUUUGAGCAACUCUUAUGACAUUGAUAAUAGCAUUUGUAAAUCGUACAAAGCUAGAAAUAUGUGCCACCUUCACACAUUUUAUGAGAAAUAUUGCCGUAAAACGUGUGGCUUUUGCAACGACAAAGCCUUGCCCCCCACCUCCCCCCCUGUAGUUAAAUCUACGCCAUGUUUUGAUCGUUUGCAAGUGGCUUACAAAGUGCUUAGACGAACCUGUAGGCAGUAUAAAGCGAGAAACAUGUGCCACAAAGGCGCAUACUUUGAAAAAUACUGUAGGAAAACUUGCGGGUUUUGCAAAUCAAACUAAGAUUAUCACCAGUGUCACAAACAAACUUUAACUGUAGUAAAAUGGUUACAUCGAUUCUAAGAUAGAGUCGCAGCAAAGGAGAGAUGACGGGGGUGGGUGUGGUAAGCUCUCCAUCCUUUUUACGCAAAGUUCGUAUAUCUAACUUUUUCAAUCCAACAGGCUUUAGGCACACCUUUCAAAUCACUGUAGCUUUUCCCAGCAGAGAUAUAAACUUUGCUGUAUAUUGCAGGAAUGGUGUGGCUGUAUAUUGCUUAUACUCUGAUUAAAAUGAAAACAAAAA